AUGGUUGCUGCUAGAACUGAUCUACCGCAUUGGGGUUCCCCUUUGAUCUUUGUCCCAUCGAGGAAGUUUGGCGUCGAUCCGCUGGAUGUUCCGGCCGCAGGGACGCGAACUUGGUACCUGGUCCUCAUCGAUUCCUCCCGACCAGGUGUUCUCUACUCGGGAACGGAAAAGAUUGAUAUCACUCCUCUAGCGGAUAACGAGAACAACCUCAAAUCCCUCGUCCAGGAAGGCGAGAAAGUCUACCAAGACUACGAACAGGGUACUGGCGGUGCCCAGGGCAACCAGAACCAGCAGGGGGGGCAGCAGCAGAGCUCAGGGGCCAACUAUUCGCAGGAUCUGCAGGAUGCCGAGGCGGCUUUUGAGGGUGGGAAGAAGCUUUUGCAAGGCGAGGAACAGAAUCUCUGA